UGUCAGGUUUCUUUCCUACACUCAGUCUGAGGAAAAAUAUGUUAGAGUUAAUAAGAAUGGAUUAAUGGCAAAUUCCUAUGUCUUGGUGUAAGACAAGGUUCUGACCCUGUUUAAUGAGGCUGAAGCUGGUGAACACAAGUGUGAGCAAAGUGACACUGUGCUGCCAGUGCCAUGUUCUGAGAGCAACCAAGCCAACCCGCACUAACUGCCAUGCUAAAUAAUCCUCCAUGAGCUCCCAAAAAUGAAAUGCCUAAAGAAGAUGAUAAAUACAUUCAUUAGAAUAGCUCAGUCAAAACAAGCAGUAGGCCACAGAAAUACAGUUCUGUGGACACUGUGUACUGUUGUAACAUUCUCUAACACCAACAGAAGCCUUCAAACUGAGAGGUUUACUUCAAGCUGUUGGUUUACAUAAUUUCUGUCCUGACAGUUUUAUAUAACUACAUUUAUACUGGCAUUUGUUUUGGUUUGUUUUAUGGCACAUUCCUUACACUUUGGAGACAAACUGAGAAAAAAAAAAAAAAAGUCCUUCUUGAGGGACAGAGGAAGAGCAUAAAACACCGAUGAGACAGACUGCAGCCAGAACUGAAAUGUAAGGAGGAAAUGGGUGUUGAAGGGCUCGUUCGGAGGUGCUCGCACUGCUUGAACCCUUUCCCUCCGAAUAGCCCUGCCUCGCCCACACCGAGCAGUUUCCGCGCUGCAGCCAGAAGCCAGCAACGACGCGCUGAAACCGACCACGGGGCGCUGGGGGACAGCGAGGCCCGGCCGGACAGCGACGCCGCGGAGCCCCGCUACAGCCGCCGCCACCGGGCGCAGCGCAGCGCGGCGCGGCCAAUGAGCGGGGCAGGGGCGGGCUCGGGAGCGGCGCCGCCGGUACUUAGGCUCCGCCGGAGGGGCCGAGCAGCCCACAGCGGAGCGGGGCGGCGCGGGUGGAGGAGCCGGGCGCGCUGUGGGGAGGACGGAGCUCACCUCCUCUGCGGCGCCCAUGGGGACAGGACGACUUUAAAGGAGUUUGGGGGGGGUUCUGGCGCUGGGCGACCACGGGUCCUGGCUGAGCUGCGAGGCUUGGGCGGGCAGACACGGGUGGCAGCUGUGAGGCCGCCUGCUUCUCCGGCCGCCUGCUCUCACGUAGCGCGGCUCGGCUGCGAGCGGUCUCGGGACCCUCCGGGCCAGCCUCUCCCUUGCGGAGCGGAGGCUCCCGAAGCAACUCUGUCCUCCGCGCGGAGGCGGCGGGCGGCGAGGAGCCGCCUUCUCCUGCGGCGUGGGGGUGGGCCGGGAGCCCCGGGGCUCUGCCCUGCCCUGCAUCCCGAGGGCAGAGGGGAAGGAUCCGAACCGGGAAUUUCCCCCCUCGCACAGAAGGGAAGAAUGGAGCGGGGGAGGGAUGGGUGCUCGGGGCGGAAUCGCUGA